GGAAGCUGUAGGAAAAGCCAUGGCCACUGGCUGGAACAGAGGUCACUUGGCUGAAGGCACCAUGUAGAGGAGAAGAUACAACCAAAGGUGUACCAAGGAGGUUUAUGACCCAAGUGUGACUUAUCUGUUUCAUGAAAUCCAGUGUGGCAAUGGCACCAAGAUAUGAAGAAACUGGUGCUCAAACACCAGCACCCACAUGCUGAAAUCAACAUCCUGGAAAGGAGCCUCCCAAGAAAGAUCUCUCAAUCCUUGCCUCACUGCCCCAUCAACUGGUUCCUCUCCUGGAGCCUUGGCUCAGAAUGCUCCGGGUUUGUGGGAGAGUUCCUGAAGACAUACAGUGAACCUAGACAUGUGUGUCACGUAGCUCUGUAGGCAUGAAGACGGAAGCGCUCAUCAUGCCUUUGUGACAUGGUGAUGAAUGGAAUCACCCUUAGAGUCAUGGUCUUCUCAGAUCAUGUGUCCAGAGGCAUCACACAGGGAGGGAAGAUAGAUCAGAAGACAUUUAUGGAGAAUUGUGACCCAAGUCUUCUUCACAGCGAAACUUACUUGUUCUACGAAAUCAAGUGGAGCAGCAGCAAAAGAUCCUAUCAGAGAUGUUGCCAUAACACCCACAUCGAGCAUGCUGAAAUCUACUUCCUGAAAGAUGUCUUUAAUAGGCAAAGAAAUGAUCCAUCUGACCACUGCUCUCUCACCUGGUACAUGACCUGGAGUCCCUGUGGGGAAUGCUGCAAGGCAAUCAGGGAUUUCCUGAAGGAACAGCCUAAUGUCAAUCUGGUCAUUUAUGUAGCACGGAUCUACUGCCAUGAAGAAGAAAACAAUCGCCAGGGUCUACGGAGCCUGGUGAACAUUGGAGUGACCAUCCGAAUCAUGGACCUCCCAGUUUAUAGCUACUGCUGGAGAACCUUUGUCUGUGAUGAGGACAAGGAUGAAGAUUAUUGGCCCAGGCACUUUGCUCCCUGGAUUAUGCUGUAUUCCCUCGAGCUCCAGUCCAUCCUUCAGAACAUGCCCUCUUGCUUAGAGAUUUCACAUGGUGAGAACCAGACUCCAAUUUUCAGCCUAUGUGUAGAAGACGAUCAACAGAAAAGAGCAGUCACAGCAGCCUAUCCCUGAUAGCCACCAGCAUCCUGAUCCACACAGCCAACCAGCAUCCAGAAGCCAGGAGUGUAUUGGACCAGAUGGUCAUGGGGGAGGGAUGUUGAUAGAACACUGCUUUGAUUUAGUUACUCAUAGCCAUUUCCUUCCCAUUGCUUCAGGUGGUAGCCUUUUGAAAGUGAAUCAUGUUUAAAUGUGUAAUUUUGUUCAGUGACUGGUCAUGUUAACCCCUGUGACCCAGUGUACCAGUUUAUUCCCUCACACAUCACACAUGAAUAUUUUACUGAUUCUGCACUCAGUGCUGAUUCACCAAAUUGACCUAGUCCUAUACAGUUUGCUUUGUGCAUUCAGUUUUUUAAGGAACAAAUUCAUUUACAUAUAUAGUGACUGUUGAGAAGAUUUAUUCUCUGGGAUUGUUUCUCUGAACUAUUUCUCUCUUGGUAGAUUUCCAAGUUUUACUUUCUAUGUCACUUAUGAACAUAACAUUUUAAUAAAAUAUCUAUAA